AAGGAAGGAAGGAAGGAAGGCGGGCUCAGCCAACGCCAGAAGCAGCAGCAGCAGCCUCUGCCCGCGGAGGCAGGCGCGAGAGAGGGAAGGAAAGAAGGAAAGAAGGAAAGGGGGCAAGAAGGAAGGGAGGAAGGCGGGCGGGCGGGCGUCCGUCGGGGGCCCCCAUGCGGCGCUGCUGCCGGGCGCGGGGCCGAAGGAGCAGCCUCCACCGCCGGAGCGGGACAUGCGCUCGGGAGCCCCGGCCCUGGGCCGCCCCCGCCGCCGGACCCGCCGCCCCCUCCUCCCGCCUCCUUUUCCCGCCUCCUCCUCCUCCUCUUCGGCCGCAGGAGGUCGCCAAGAAGCGGCAGAGGGAUGCGAGGAGCCGCCGACGCCGCCCUCUCCCUCCUCCCCCUCCUCCUCCCGCUCUUCUUCAGCGCCUGCCUCAGACUGGUGUCAGGGAAAGGAGAAGCCAAGUCCACUCCGCGGAGCAUGCCCCAGCCAAUGUCUCCCUCUGAUUUCCUGGACAAGCUCAUGGGCCGGACCUCGGGGUACGAUGCCCGCAUCAGACCCAAUUUCAAAGGCCCGCCUGUCAACGUGACAUGCAACAUCUUCAUCAACAGUUUUGGGUCAGUCACAGAAACGACCAUGGACUACCGGGUCAACGUUUUCUUGCGGCAGCAGUGGAACGACCCCCGCUUGGCCUACCGGGAGUACCCCGAUGACUCCCUGGAUCUGGACCCCUCCAUGCUGGACUCCAUCUGGAAGCCAGACUUGUUCUUUGCCAACGAGAAGGGGGCCAACUUCCAUGAAGUCACCACCGACAACAAGCUUUUGCGUAUCUUCAAGAAUGGGAAUGUGCUUUACAGCAUCAGGUUGACCCUCAUCCUCUCUUGCCCCAUGGAUCUGAAGAACUUCCCCAUGGAUAUCCAGACAUGCACAAUGCAGCUGGAGAGUUUUGGCUACACCAUGAACGACUUGAUCUUUGAGUGGGUGAAGGGCCAGGAGGCUGUUCAGGUGGCCGAGGGUCUGACGCUGCCCCAGUUCAUCCUGAGGGCCGAGAAGGACCUGGGCUACUGCACGAAGUCAUACAACACUGGGAAGUUCACCUGCAUCGAGGUGAAAUUCCACCUGGAGCGGCAGAUGGGAUACUACCUCAUCCAGAUGUACAUUCCCAGCCUGCUGAUCGUCAUCCUCUCCUGGGUCUCCUUCUGGAUCAACAUGGAUGCUGCUCCUGCCCGUGUGGGGCUGGGCAUCACCACUGUGCUGACCAUGACCACUCAGAGUGCAGGCUCUCGGGCCUCUCUGCCUAAGGUCUCCUACGUCAAAGCCAUAGACAUUUGGAUGGCCGUCUGCCUCCUUUUUGUCUUCGCUGCCUUGCUGGAGUAUGCGGCCGUCAACUUUGUCUCCCGGCAACACAAGGAGUUCAUGCGUCUUCGCCGGAGGCAGCGCCGGCAGCGGAUGGGCCUGGCCAGCCGGACGCCCAGCCUGGAGUCCCUGCAGCCGCUGGAGGACCUGCCCAGCAGCAGCGAGUCCACCUACGAGACCCUCUCUCAAUUCAGCAGCAUCGGCUCCAGGGAGGAGGAGCUGGUCAGAGAGAGCCGCUUCUACUUCCGGGGCUAUGGCCUGGGCCACUGUCUGCAGCAGGCGAAGGACAGUGGAGGAGCCCCCUCUGCGGAGAGCCCCCACCUGUACAGCCCGCCGCCCCCUGCAGCUGCUGCCGCCGCUGCUGCCGCUGCCCUAAUCCGGGAAGGGGAGCUGCUUCGGAGGCGCUACCUGGACCGGGCCAAGCGCAUCGACACCAUCUCCCGGGCUGUCUUCCCCUUCACCUUUCUGGUCUUCAACAUCUUCUACUGGCUGGUCUACAAAGUCCUGCGCUCUGAGGACGUCCACCCGGUAGCUCCUUGAGGGGCCAAAGGGGCUGAGGAAGGAGCUCAUGAGACAGGCUGCCUGCAACCUUCCUCCCAGCAUUUGCACGACUGCGAGACACUGGGGCUGCGACCCCCUAAACCGUACCCUCCCUUUUUGGUGGAGUCACCCAAGAGCCUCCAAAGAGGGUCUCCUGGCCAGGACUCUCACACCAGCCAUGGCCACCCCUUUCCAGAGACUCCUAUCUGAACCCAGAAGAAUUGGCCUCUCUGCUCUGGGCCUGCCCAUCCUUCAGGGUCAAGGCAGGCCCACCAGGUGUACUGGCUCAGCCUCGCCCAGUGUGCAGCUGCCCUCCUCCAGCACAUGGACCACAUCACUCCGCAUGAUGCAGAGGAGGCAGCAUGGUGGGCUUCCACCCUGCAACCCAUCCUGGUGCUCAAGGCCCCAUUUGUGCUUGUUUACUGCACUGCUAGCAUGGAGGGUGGGCCAGGAGCUGCCUCUGUUCCCCCACCCCAAUAAAAACCCAUUUCCACCCCAAUAACCUAGGAAGAGCAAAUGGGUGCUAUAGGGUCCCUGGUGCCAAACAUCCUUAGUGGAAUGAUCAACCACUGAUCUCACAUAGCGACCCACAAGUGAUGCAUCAGUAUGUGGCUGAAUACAAGUGCAGGCGAUGGAUGGAUCUAUGGUUCAUCUCAGCUCUAAGAUAUGGAACGUGAAUUCAGUUUGGGUGCUUGAGAAGUUGCAGUUACAAGAUACAGAUCCUUUCAGAUCCAUAGGUUUGUCUUGUGUUGUGCAGGAGCCUAGGCUGAAAGAAGCCAAGGCAAUGGCCGCUGACUUUGGAGAACUUCAAGGCCAGCAGAGGGGUAGAGGAAGAUCCUGUUGGGUGGGCUUCUUCUGGCUUGGAAGGCGCCUUCCUGGGUGCUCUCAUGCUCCAUUUCAUUGCAAGCCCCAAGCCUAUUUCAUGCUGGGUUUCUUCGCAAAGCUAAGUUCCAGAUGCCUUAGAGCAGAGUAGGGGAUCCUUCCUUCUGGGAAGGGGAAUCCUAUUUUGGGACAGCAUGGCCCCCACCUGUUUGCCUGCUUCUGACCUCAGGACAUCCUUUGGUUGCUGGAACUCCCACACAAUGCCCCCUUUCCUCAUCCUGUGCCCGCAUACCCCACUCCAUGGGCCAAAUCUUCCCGUGUGUUGGACCUGUUUCACAUACGCCUCCUUUCUCCAUGCUGCAGUCUUUUCGACACAUGCCCUCACCUCGUUGCCAUGGCCACCACGUCCCAUUUUUUGACUUUGUAGGAUUGCAAUGAUAAGACUGCACUGAGGAUCAUCCUCUCUCGCAGCAGCAGGAGGAAUCCCCACCAAAGCUUCGUUGCUUUCGGGGAGCAGGAACUGGCAGGUUCAGAAUGCCAUCAUUUUGGCAGUGACAUCAAGUGGAUCGGAAACACAGGAUGCCGAAACGGCUCCCCUACAUCAUCUCUGGAGAGGCCAUGAAGAGUUCAACCCAGGACUUUCUGCACAGGAAAGUGGGAGCUGCCCUGAGACUGAGUCAGUCCCUUUGAGGGUCAUCCAUCCAGCCUAAAUUUGACUGGAUCCUCUUUAGGAUUCCAGCUAGGACUCCUGUUAGGAAGCCCUGGAGCCCCAUCUGGGUCCAGUUCAGGCCAGCUUCCAAAUGCAACUGAGUUCAGAUAGAAUUGAAUUCCCUGCAAAAGCUCUGAAAAUUGAUGUAAUUUGACGAUAGACUGAAAAGUUCCCAAUGGUCAUCUAGUCCAACCCCGUUCUGUCAGUAAGGAAAAUGCAUCUCAGGUUUUGUUUGGGGGAGUGGAGGCUCAAUGCUCUGGCCUAACCAAGACAAAUGGGCCACUGUCUUUAGUGCUCUCACUGGAAGAAUCAGCCCGGGCCUUUCUGCCCAUCUUGGAUGGCCCUCCAUCAGAGGUGGGAAAGGAGUGUGCCUGUGCCAUGAGUCCCUCCUGCUGCUGUCCUCCAUGAGGCAUGUCCCAGUCUGGGAGAAGCCUGAGGCGGACACAAACCUGGACAGUGCCAGGAGAGGCGGGGGGAGUUUGGGAAACAAUGCAUUUUUAAAACAAAUUCUGAUCUUCCUACACUAAUAAAAAUGCUUUGGGGGUUUUCA